AUGAAAAGAAAAUUUGUCGCCAAACUUCUUCAAGAUAACCCAAAUGUUAAAGCCGAGGGUACCGUAAUUUUCACUCAAGAAAAGGAAAAACCUACUCAAGUUGAAAUAGACAUCAAAGGUUUAACACCUGGAAAACAUGGUUUCCAUAUUCAUGAAUUCGGGGAUAAUACUAAUGGAUGUACAUCGGCUGGACCUCAUUUUAAUCCAUUUGGUAAGACACACGGAGCUCCAGAGGAUGAAAAUAGGCAUGUAGGUGAUUUAGGUAAUGUCACAGCAGAUUCUAAUGGAAAUGUUAAAACGACAAUUACUGAUAAGAAUAUUAGUUUGUAUGGAGACAAUUCCAUCAUUGGACGAACUAUAAUUGUUCAUGCUGAUGAAGAUGACUUGGGUAAAGGUGGUCAUGAUCUUUCUCCCACAACUGGUAACGCAGGAGCCCGAGAUAAAACAACAACAACUGUAGUGUUACCUGCUGUAUUUAAAGCUCCAAUUCGACCUGAUGUUGUAAGAUUUGUUCAUAAAAAUGUUUCCAAGUGUAGUCGUCAACCUUAUGCCGUAUCAUCAAAAGCUGGGCAUCAAACUUCGGCUGAAUCUUGGGGUACGGGUCGUGCUGUUGCUCGUAUUCCUCGUGUUUCUGGAGGAGGUACUCACCGCGCUGGACAAGGAGCUUUUGGUAACAUGUGUAGGGGAGGUCGGAUGUUUUCACCUACAAAAAUUUGGCGUAAAUGGCACGUCAAAACCAAUUUAAAUCAAAAAAGAUUUGCUGCUGCAUCAGCUUUAGCAGCAUCUUCCAUUCCUUCCCUUGUUUUGGCCAGAGGUCAUCGUAUUGAAGAAAUUGAAGAAGUCCCAUUGGUAAUUUCGGAUAAUAUCGAAGAAUUAGCUAAAACCAAAGCUGCCGUCGAACUUUUAAAAAAGGUUCAUGCUUACAGAGAUGUAGUUAAGGUUUCAAAUUCUCGUAAAUUAAGAGCUGGUAAGGGUAAACUACGUAAUAGGCGUCAUCGUCAACGUCGAGGUCCUUUGAUAGUUUAUAAUGAAGAUCGUGGUCUCGUUAAAGCUUUUCGUAACAUUCCCGGAGUUGAGUUGGUGAAUGUUAAAACUUUAAAUUUAUUACAAUUGGCACCUGGUGGUCAUUUGGGUAGAUUUAUUAUUUGGUCACAAUCUGCCUUUUCUUUGUUGGAUGACUUAUUUGGAACUUAUAAGAGAGCUGCAAAAUUGAAAAAAAAUUAUCGCCUUCCAAGUACUCUUGUUUCCAAUCCAGAUAUUACUAGCAUCAUUAAUUCCACUAUUAUUCAAAAAGUUCUUCGACCAGCAGGAGAAAAACAUCAAAAACGUCCUUGGACUCAAAAGAAAAAUCCUCUUCGUAAUAAUGGUAUAAAAAUCCGAUUAAAUCCUUAUGCUAAAGUUUUACAAAGAGCCGAAAUUAUUAGGGCUGAACAACGUAAGGCUGGUAAAGUUCAAAAAUCAAAGAUUCACCGUAAAGCCUCAACUAAAGUUUCUUCAUAUCUUGUUAGGCGAAUAAUUUGGUAA